AUGUCAGUCGAUGCAGGGGCCUCCACAUCUGAGCUGCCGGUAGUGAAGAAAGAAAAGAAGGAUAAGAAAGAUAAGAAAGCAAAAGAACACGGCCUGGAGGAAGGCGACAAGAGCAUUAUCAUGGACGUCGACGGGGAGGAGAAACAGGCCGAGGAAGGGCUCCUAAGUCCGAUAGCGCAUCCUCUGGCCCAAAAGAAACUUUCGAAGAAGGUGUUCAAGACCAUCAAGAAGGCGUCCAAAUCUCGAGGGCACGUCAAGCGUGGCGUCAAGGAAGUGGUCAAAGCACUGCGGAAAGGGGAGAAGGGUCUUGUCAUUCUUGCAGGCGACAUUUCACCCGUGGACAUCUUAUCACAUAUCCCUGUCCUUUGCGAGGAUACUGGGAACCCGUAUAUCUUUGUCACAUCAAAGGAUGCGCUUGGCGCAGCAUCUAGCACCAAGCGACCUACAUCCUGCGUCAUGGUCGUUCCCGGCGGUAGCAAGAAGCAGAAGGAAGGAACUGCUGCAGUAAAGGAGGAGUACGCGGAAGAGUACGAAAGCGUACAUCAAGAGGUCAAGGAUUUGGGCGAAAAGCUCAUUUUCGCAACGGCUUGA